CGCGUUCAAACGUGUUUUGUCUCAAAAAACUUUUUUUGUUUCUGUCGAAUAUACGGAUAAAAUAUAAAUAUUAAUUAAUUAUACCCAACCCGCUGAUAAGCGAAAGUCGUAUCUGCGACUGGGUCACAAAGAUGAAUUAGGAUCUUCCUUAUAGAUAUACAUAUAUAUAUUUGAUAUAUCGAUUAAACAAAUGUAUCUAUAGAAACUAUAUUGUAAUUUGAUUUUCAAGUUUAACAUUGCCAAAAUGAAAACGUAAGGGAACAACAAAGCGUUAAAAUGCAAGAAGAUAAAUUUGAAUUUCGUAGGAAGGAAAACCAUCAGAAAGUAGGACAAAAAGAAAACGAUGAAAAAGUAUAUGACGAAGACUACAUUUACGAUUCGAGCAAAUAUAUAUCAGGAGCAAAACGCGUGCAAAAUGGAACAGUGCCUAUGAAUAUUUUGGAGUUUCAUCAUUCAUUUUCAUACGAUUGUCAAAAAUAUUUUAAUCUUUGUGUAGCAGAACCAAACAUCAUUAUUUUUAUUUCUGGUAAUAUACUACAUUUCUGGAAUGUUACAACAAACAAGCUGUGGUUUAGAAGAGGAUAUACUGGUGAUGGAAUUGGACAUGUGACAAAAAAUCCUGUGUUUGAUCACAUUGCUGUUGGUGAAAAUGGCAUUAAACCUCCAAUAAUUAUUUAUAAAUGGCCUUCAAUGGACAUUGUGACAAUUUUAUAUAAUGGCACAUUGAAAUCCUAUUCUCAUUUAACUUAUAGUGCCGAUGGUUUAUUACUAGUAUCGCAAGGGGGAGAACCAGAUUAUACAAUUACUCUUUGGAAUUGGCAAAAGUCUACAAUUGCAUUGAAGUGCAAAUCUUAUAAUCGGAAUGUUUAUAAUAUUACAAUAUCUUCAUCAUUACCUGGAUAUUUAGUGACCAGUGGUUCGGGACAUAUAAAAUUUUGGAAAAUCUCUGAAACAUUUACUGGGCUUAAAUUGAAAGGCGAAAUUGGUAGAUUUGGUCAGACAGAAAUAUCUGACAUUAUCGGUGUAUAUAUUAUGCCAGAUGGAAAAGUUGUGUCAGGCUGUGAAUGGGGAAAUAUCUUACUGUGGGAAGAAGGUCUGAUUACUCUUGAAAUAUGCAAGAAAAAUCGGCAACCAUGUCAUACUAAAGCAAUUACACAAUUUGAGUAUAUAAAUGGAGAGCUCAUAUCAGUUGGUAUGGAUGGAUGGAUUAGAAUUUGGUUUUACGAAACGAUAGAUCAAGCGGAUUCUCGUACUGGAGAACGUUUUUUAGAAAUUCAACCUAUCUAUGAAUAUUAUGUUAAUGAAGGCGAUGAAGCAAAUAAUUCGAUACUUAUGUGCAUACGUAAACAAGAACCAAAUAAUCCAGAAAGUAUGUUCUGGUAUGCUCAGGAUGGAAACGGUGGGAUUUGGUUAAUAGAUUUACAUACUACAAAAGCAGAAUUACCACAAAAAAUAUUUACAUGUCAUGCUGGAGUUAUAGUCGAUAUGGAUUGUACAACAUGGGGUCCCUUUAUAGUUACAUUGAGUAAAAUUGGACAGCUGCAUAUUUAUAAUUAUAUAAAGAAAAGAUUAAUUUUGGCACAUAAUUUUGAUGACAGUGGCAGUCAAAUCAUUUGGUUUCCAUGCCAGAUUGAAGCAACAGGCUCGACUUUUGCAUGUGCUUUUGAGAGUGGUGUUAUUCGUAUAAUUGCUGUAGCGGUAUCAGCGGCUAAUUCCGCUAACAAUAUACGGGGAGACUAUGUUAGACUGAUUCAAGUUAUGAAACCGCACAAAAUGGCAAUAACCGCAAUGUCUUUAAAUCCAUCGUGCAGCUUACUGGUAACUGGUGGUGAAGAUUCAACUGUAUUUAGCUUUACUAUUACAGCUACUAAUACUUAUCCUGUCAUUACACCAAUUGGUUUUAUCAAAGUACCUUCGGAAGUCACAUGUCUUGUGUGGAAACCGCAAAGUGAAACAACAAUAAUUAUAGGAUGCGCAAAAGGAGAUUGUGUAGAAAUUACAUUACCGAGUACACUUCAAUCGUACACUACUGCUUCAUACGAACUUGUUCAAUGUCAAUCAAAAGCAUUUAAAUUUCAUUCUAUGAAAUCUACUAUUCGAAACGAAUUAAUUCGAUUAAAUCGAGAGAAAGAAAAGAAAGAAAAAAUAGCGAAGAAACGUGAAGAAAUGGCGCGAUUAAUCGCUGAAAGCCCUGAAAUGGAAAUUAACGAAGAAGCGUUUCUCAUAAAUAUGGAAGAAGAAGAGCUACUACCAGAAAUAUAUAUUCCAAAAAUACCAAACAAAAUAUUGAUAGCGCAGUACAUUAGUCGUGACAUUAUUUGGUUGUUAAUGGCAGGAUUUGAUGCAGGCUAUAUAUAUGAAUAUCCAAGUCCGGAAAUUAGUGAAACUAUUGUCGAGAAACCUGUUAAAAGUACCAUAAUACAUGAUGCAGAUGACAUAGAAAUACGAAGCUGUUUAUUUUACAAGGAAAAGAAGUACUUAUUUUUAGGAAUGGAACACGGACAAAUACGGGUUUGUAAAUGGAAACCUGAAAAUUAUACAGAUCUAUCCGAUUAUUGGAUACUUUCGAUGCAUGAUCCGUUUAAUGGUUAUAUCCCAAAAAUUAUCACAAGCCAUAAUCAAAAGACAUUAUUUACAUGCGGAUAUGAUGGAAAUUUAUUUUCUUAUGAAGUAAACGAUGACAUUCCAUUUGAAGCAAUCGAGUUUGAAAUAAUAAAAGAAACUUUUUCUUUGCCGAACAUUAGCGUUGAAGAUAUCGAAGAAAUCGAUCAUGCGACCUUAGAAGAGACGAUUCAACAAGCUGAACAUGAUAGGGUUGCGACUAUAGCAAAGCAGAAUAAAUAUCAUACUUUGCAAAUAUUAUCUAAAUUGAGCGAAGAAUAUAGCAAUAUUAUAGAGAGGAAUAAUGCUCUACCCAAAUCUCAUCAAAUAACUCGCAAAGAAUUAGAAUUGGACCUUAGAAUUACAGCUGAUUUAAAUGAAGAAUUAGAAGCAGAAAUGAUUACAGCACGAGAAAAAUUAGCUUUUAAAGUAGAAAAAAGUAAACUUGGAUUGCAAAAGCUUUUGGAACACUUUAUUCAACCUAUUGUACAUUUACCGUUUGCCAUUUGCAAAAUGUUGAAGCCAGAUAAUAUAGUGUAUUCUCUACGUCAACCGAUUUUGAAUAAUGAUAUUACUUUACCGCAUAUCGAAAUGAUAAAAUAUACACACAUGCAGAAAUAUACAUCAUACAUUGAUAUAAGGUCGAAUGAAAAUAGUGUAAUAGAUAAAAUGCAACAUUCUGAAGAGAAACCAGAAAAACCAAAAAAAGAAGAAAAGGAAGAAGAGAUUAGUACAAUGCGAGAGCAAUCGGUUGCAGUUUUCCUAAAGGAUAUAGAUUACAAAGAUACAGAUAGCAGCCUGGGUAUUCAAUUAAAUCAAAUGUUAAAUAAAUAUAACUUGAGAAGAAUAAGAUUAGAGCAACGCGAGAAAGAAUGGAAAAUCAUAUACCAAGAAAAACCGGAUAAAUCUAUUAAUCAUAUGCAUGACAUAUCAGCCAUAGAAGAAGCAAAAAAAACUAUUGGUGAUUACAAAUUAAAAACAUCGUCAACUUUUAGUUUGUUAUCGGAAGAACGAGAUACUCUCUUCUCGAAAUAUAAACAGCUAUUAAAUUGUCGAAAAAAGCUUUAUUACCUACAAGAAGCUUUCAACGCGAGAUUGAAAGCUGUAAGAACAGAGAAAGAACAUUUGCAUAUGGAAGUUGUACGUUUAAAAAAAUCUCUCAAACAUAUUCAUGUCGAAAUACCAUUGAAAAGUAUAAAACCUUUCCCAGAUAUUCCUACGUUAAAUAUAAAUAUAGAAUUUCCCGAGAGAAAAAUGACGGUUGAAAAAUACAUAUUGAAAGUAGACAGAGCACAGCGACGAUUAUCGGUUCUUCCUGAACAGACACCUGUUUGUUCGGAUGAGGAAUACGAAGUAUUACUUCUAGAUGAUACAUUUCCAAAACAUGCAAAAAUCUCUAGCGAGCCAUCGAUAUUAGUUUCCGAAAAGAAAUUAAAAAUUCAAUCUACUACUCAAGAUAAUAUACUUUAUUUGAGCGAUGGCAUCGACAGCCCGUGGGAACGAGAAAUGAAAAUUUCUCGUAUAUUAUGCCAAAUAUACAAACAAGAUUGCAUAUUAAGAUACAUACAGACUAGUUGCGAAAAUUUAGACGAAAAGUUAAACAGAUUAGAAUGCAAUAGAUUAGAUAUUGUUGCCGAGAAUGUUAAUAUCAAUUUAUUUUUAUUAACACUCCGUCAAGAAUAUAUUAUUUUAAGAGAAUAUGAAAUAAGGGAAAGUGUAUUGCGUGAUCAAGUUAACUGUAAAGUAGAAGAAGUUGCGCUGAUAAGACAAAAAAUACAAAUAACUACCGAGAAAGUUGAUGUUAAAAUUAAGGAAAUUACAAAAUUACGUAACCAGAUCAAAAAUAUUUUUCUCGAGUACAUGACUAGGAUAAACGAUAACAAGUUUCGUAAUUUUCUAUGUAGAAUAUAUAAAAAGAAGUAUAAAGAAUUGAAGGAAGAGGACGAAACCACCACGACCACAACUGAAACAAGUUCAGAUGAAACAAAUAGUAUUGACACCGGGGAGUUAAUUUAUUUUGACGAAAACGUAUGUCCUCCAGGAUGCGACAAGACAUUGUAUGAAUUGGCAUUUUUAAUGAGAGAGAAACGAUACUCGUGCGAACAUCAAAUCAAAGAUGCGCAACAAACUGUGGAGAUUCUUCACAAGGAAAUUCAAAUUCAAACAAAAAAGCUAAAAGUUUUAGAGAGUAGUUUGAAGAAGAAUGAAGACGAUUUAAAUACAUUAAUGCUCGAGAAACAAAAAAAAUUAAAUGAUGUGGAUGUCACAGUAAUAAUGAAAUUGCAUCAGUUGCAAUAUUUUGAAAAAUCCGAGAUUCCAUUCAAAUUGCAUGAUUGCAUUGUAUUCGAUAAAAAUAGAUUGUCUAGAUUAUAUGCGAGAAUACAAGAAUUGCAAGAGGAAACACUUGAAUUACAUGCCAAACACAAACGCGCUCGAAUGCACCUCCAGAGAAUAAAGCUCGAUUGUAAUCAUAUGCGGAUUAAUAAUAACAAUUUAAAAAAUGAAAUAAAAUUAAAAAUAAUAAAUAAAUUUGGUCAAAAUAUAUCAUUAAAUAAAUUAUACGAAACAAUACUUCGUCGGAUGAUGUAUGAUAUUAAAGCCAACUUAAAUGAGAUAACAAUGUAUUUUACUAAACGAAUCAAACAUGUCAAAGAAAGUUAUGCAGAAGAAUUAGUUAUACUUAAUAGGCUGAUUCAAGAACAUACACAAAAGUUAAGCUUUCUGACAAUUUUAGUGGAAGAACAAUCCAAGCUUCACAAACUAUCAAAGCAACACAUCAUGUCAGAUGAGGAAAUGCUGCAAUUAGAAGUAAAAUAUAAAAGUGAUAUAAUCAAGUUGGAGAGAAUUCUUGAAAAUCAAACAAAGCAGAAAUAUCUAUUUCAAAAUGAUAUUAAAAAUCUUAAAUUAAAAAUAAAAUCACAACAUUCAAUCCAGUUGAAGGAAAUAAUGCCCAGAAAUAAAGAUAUCGAAUAUCAGAACGGGAAAAAUUUUAAUUGCAAUUGACAAAAUAAAACAUUUAACAAAAUGUUAAA